AUGGGACCUACACGCCAGUGCCAUCUGCCCAACGCGAAAGUCAACAUUGGUCGCCUCUCUAAGCGGUCACUCGAGUCCUGGGCCGCACAGCUGGGUGUGCUGCAUGUCGCAGAUGGAGUACCGGAAAAUCAGCGUGCUAUGACCCUUCAACGCGAGCUCGCCCGUCUGGCCCGUAACGGGACCGACAUGCGGAACGGCCAGCUACGCCGCCUCCCGAUGUCAGAGUCCGAAUGGCCGAACAUGCCUUAUCGUCUGCUUCAUGGAUUGCCGAUGAAGGGCGCCAUUGCAAAGGACGACCCGCGACGCGAUACUGAGCUCUCGAAUGAACAAAUUAAGGACUUCAUCAUGACCAAACUGGGAGGAAAAAAGAAGCGACGUGCGCUAAAGUGGAUUGACAAGCGCAUAGAGAAGGGUAUCAGCGGCGCGGACGCGGACGAUGAUGAUGACGAAGAAUAG